UGGCCCUCCCCCAAGGUUUCUGGGGCCGCCCCCGGUCACGUGGUCCGCCAGGUCUGCAGGUAACUCUCCAGGAGAGGGCGGAGGCCGGUAGCCGCCCCGCCCCACGGGGUGCCGCGGGCGGAUCUCGGCGCGCCCACCGCGCCAGAAGUGCCGCAGGUGCCGCCCCCAACAUACGGUGUCCCGCCCAAGCUCAACCGCGUCUGCCGUCGGACGGUGAGUGCGUGCGCCUCGUCUGUCCGCGUGUGUGUGGUCUGGCGCCCCCUUCCUCUGCGGCCAUGACUCCGCCGCCGCCGCCGCCACCCCCGCCCCUGUCGCCUGGCCCAGACCCCGCAGUAGACUCCGCAGCAGACCCCAGUUCCGGGUCGGGAUCUCUGGUCGUCCUGUUUGGGGCCACUGCCGGUGCGCUCGGACCAGACUUGGGCUCUGAUGAGACCGACUUAAUCCUUCUAGUCUGGCAAGUGGUGGAACCGCGGAACCGUCAGGUGGGGACGCUGCACAAGUCUCUGGUUCGAGCCGAGGCAACUGCACUGAGUCCACAGUGCCGCGAGGCGAGCGGGCUGAGCGCGGACAGCCUGGCGCAGGCCGAGUCACUGGACAAGGUGCUGCAGCAGUUCUCACAGCUGGUGAACAGGGAUGUGGCUCUGCUGGGUGGGGGCUCUUACGUGCUCUGCACUGAUGGGCAGCAGCUGUUGCGACAGGUUCUGCACCCUGAAGCCUCGAGGAAGAACCUGGUGCUCCCCGACACUUUCUUCUCCUUCUACGACCUCCGCAGAGAGUUCCAUCUGCAACACCCAACUGCCUGCUCUGCCAGGGACCUCACAGUGGCCACCAUGGCACAGGACUUGGGACUAGAGACAGAUGCCACAGAGGACGAUUUUGGGGUCUGGGAAGUAAAGACAAUGGUGGCCAUCAUCCUCCACCUGCUUGAAGGGCCCAGCGGUCAAUUGUUUUCAAAGCCCCAGGUGGUAAAGCAGAAGUAUGAGACAGGGCCUUGCAGCAAGGCUGAUGUGGUGGACAGUGAGACUGUGGUACGAGCCCGUGGGUUGCCCUGGCAGUCAUCAGACCAGGAUGUGGCUCGCUUCUUCAAAGGGCUCAACAUUGCCAGGGGUGGUGUAGCACUCUGCCUCAACGCCCAGGGCCGCAGAAAUGGCGAGGCCCUCAUCCGUUUUGUGGACAGCGAGCAGCGGGACCUAGCGCUGCAGAGACACAAGCACCAUAUGGGCAUCCGUUAUAUUGAGGUAUAUAAAGCAACAGGGGAGGAGUUUGUGAAGAUUGCAGGAGGAACAUCAUUAGAGGUGGCUCGUUUCCUUUCACGGGAAGACCAAGUGAUUCUGAGGCUGCGAGGACUGCCCUUCUCAGCUGGGCCAACAGACGUGCUAGGUUUCCUGGGGCCGGAGUGCCCAGUGACUGGGGGAGCUGAUGGGUUGCUCUUUGUGCGCCACCCUGAUGGGAGACCAACUGGUGAUGCCUUUGCCCUCUUUGCUUGUGAGGAGUUGGCACAGGCUGCACUGCGCAGGCACAAGGGCAUGCUGGGUAAGCGUUAUAUUGAACUCUUCAGGAGCACUGCAGCUGAAGUGCAGCAGGUUCUGAACCGCUAUGCAUCCAGCCCACUCCUUCCCACACUGACUGCUCCACUGCUACCCAUCCCAUUCCCACUGGCAGCUGGGACUGGGAGGGACUGUGUACGCCUUCGAGGCCUCCCCUACACGGCCACCAUUGAAGAUAUCCUGAGCUUUCUGGGGGAAGCAGCAGCUGACAUCCGGCCCCACGGGGUGCACAUGGUACUCAACCAGCAGGGCCGGCCAUCUGGUGACGCCUUCAUUCAGAUGAUGUCAGUAGAGCGGGCCCUAGCUGCUGCUCAGCGCUGCCACAAGAAGGUGAUGAAGGAACGCUACGUGGAGGUGGUCCCCUGCUCCACAGAGGAGAUGAGCCGUGUCUUGAUGGGUGGCACCCUGGGCCGCAGUGGCAUGUCCCCUCCACCUUGCAAACUACCCUGCCUCUCACCACCCACCUACGCCACCUUCCAGGCCACCCCAACCCUUAUGCCCACGGAGACGGCAGCUCUGUAUCCCUCUUCAGCACUGCUCCCAGCUGCUAGGGUGCCUGCUGCCCCUACCCCUGUUGCCUACUACCCAGGGCCAGCCACUCAACUCUACAUGAACUACACAGCCUACUACCCCAGCCCUCCAGUCUCUCCCACCACUGUGGGCUACCUCGCCACGCCCCCUGCUGCCCUGGCUUCUACUUCCACCUCAGUGUUGUCCCAGCCAGGAGCCCUGGUGCGCAUGCAGGGUGUCCCAUACACAGCUGGUAUGAAGGAUCUGCUCAGUGUCUUCCAGGCCUACCAGCUAGCCCCUGAUGACUACACCACUCUGGUGCCUGUUGGUGACCCACCUCGCCCUGUGUUACAAGCCCCCAAGGAGUGGGUGUGUUUGUAGAUGAGGAAGCCAGGAAAAUAAGCUGUUAUCCUCAGAUAACAAGAGUACCCUCAAUCCAGUGGCUUCUUUCUGGCUUGUCAAAGCUCUCAGAAGGCACCUGGAGAAGACCAAGCCCAGCUCCACCUUUGACUUAUUCCUGUGUGUUCACCCCAAAGAUGAUGGCUACUCGGCAUACAGGGCUGGAGGCAUAAGGACUUGGUGGGAUGACGAACAACUUGAAUGGCAACUGGAGACUAGAGAGCCUUUACCUGUUCUGCCUUGGACUAAAGUCCUCAGAUUACCAUGGGGCUGACAGGUACACUACAGGCUUGCUUUUCUUUUUAAAAUGUAAACCCUGGUUCCGUCAAUGUAUGACUCCUAGGAGAAUCAAGGGUCCGUCCAUCUGAGCCUUGGAAUAGAGAUCCCAAUGCUCUACUCCCCCUAUUCCUCCUGUGGCAGGUAGGGAGGUACAGAGAACCAGCUCCUGACCUCAGGAUACUUAAACCUCAGAGAAAACAUUGCCAAGGGUGGCUCCACAUAAGGAUAAUAGCCAGCCAGGCACAAAUAUCAGAUGGCAAAACCACAAGCUAUUACGGACUGUGCUGCAGCAUUCCUUGAGAACGCUAGGGGGCAGAGGACCCCUACACAAAAACUCAGGCUUAAAUUUUAAAUGGGACUGUCAACUUCUUGCAACACCUUGGAAAGGGCCAGCGGUCCCAUACCCAGCAAAUGCCAUGGAACGUCCUUUGUAUCCAUUAAAAGGUGCAGAACUAAAGCCUCAAAAGGAAUUUGGAACUCUCUUCUCUGUAAAAUGAAUGAAAGUUCCUAACCAAGUGGACUUUUUAAAAGCCACAGUGCCCUUAACUUUGGCCUCAGUGAAGAGUUCCAACCAGCCUCAGGCGGAGAAAAACUCAAGACCAAUUUCAAAGAGACUGUUGAUCUGUCACCAUUUAUUAUUUCAGCACUACAACUAAGGAGAAGCCUGAAAUGUUGGCUUUUCUUCCCUUUGUAUUUGUGUAAGGAGCACUGCACUCCUGUAAAAGGUUUUAAAAUAUAAACUGUACAAGAAAACACAAUCCCAAAUGCUGUAAACAUAACUGAGAACAAGUUUCUUUACUAAGCAUCCAUUUUAUAAAAUACAUGGUUUCAAUCUGAGCCCAUAUGGGCCUUAAAGAUGACUAAGAUAUCUUUUCUGAAUAUCACAAACAGGGCUUCACUGCCAGGCCAAGUAAAGGUCUGGUGACAGUAGCUGGCCCUGGUAGAGUUGGACCUGGGGCAGCAGCACCACAUGUGAAUCUGAAGACACCUGUUCUUUUUAUAAGCUGUUUUCAGCCAUGAUUCUCUGCAUCUCUAGUAAGCAGAAGACUGCUUGUUCCAUUCUUCAAUCCAAGAUCUAGCAUAAGUUUAAGAGGGAAGGGGGACAUGCUAUCACAUGCCCAGUUGCUCAGUGCUGCCACUAGAAAUUAAUUUGCAUAGUCCAAUGGAUGUGUGCUUUAACACCACUAUGUUACACAAAAAUUUAAGUCUUUACCUACAAAGCCAAAAAAUAUUGUUGACUCUUACAUGAAAGCACUUACAAAGCUGAUAUAAAACUGCUUACAUAGUAUACAAAGCUCUAAUUUAAAAUUUAACUUUUAUUUUAAAUAGGAAAGCAUUUCUAAUGCUACAGGCAUCAAGGUAUUUAAAAGGCAUCAAAAAUUUGGUGCAUAGCAACUCUGGAUCAUAGAGGCUUUUCUUCUUGAGGGCAGCAAAGCAACCCCCAAAGGGUCUUAUAAGACCCCAUGUGAGGCAGCUAUCCCUGGGGCUAGAGGGUGCAGCAAGUCUGGCCAUGUCUCUGAAAUUUCACCUGAGAGGCCAACCCCCUUCCCCUCCAAAGGAAGUUAUGGACUUCCAACCACAGGCCCUGAAGCAAAUCUCACUAUCCACAUGCUGACACAAAAUUUACUUUCAAAUAAAAUUUGAAAACAUCCAGCUCCCAGAGAGGCUAGAGUGAUCUGCUAAAGGAUAGACACUGUUUCUCUAACUAGUUUUAGGGGAGAAAUCCAUGAUGUUUAAACAGCAACAAAAGAGACCAUACUUUCUCAUCAGGGUCAGCAGUUCCUACCCUAUAGGUGGUAGGCAACAGGCCAGCUCCUUACUCAGGCCUGACUUAGCCUCAGAAGAGUCCUGGCUUCUAUGGACUGCAAUCCACUGAAAUAACAGCGUCAAGUCUUCGAUCAGUCCAAUACACUGUCUUACAUGUAGGCACUCAAAAAAUUUGCUUCCUGAAUAAAUUAAAGUACAUCAUCUAAUUUAAAAACAGACUGAAAACUUCAAGGGCUUUGAAAAAGGCCCAGAAACAAUGAACCCCACUGGAGGGAGGGAUAUGAAGCAGGGUUUGAAAAAGGUACCCACCUUGGGUACCUCCUUUGGUAGACAGCAGGCUGGAGUUUGUACUAGCCCCUGCCUUGGAUGCCAGUGUCACCAGCAGCAGCACCAGGGCAUCUUUGGUGUGGAGGAUCAGGUCUAUGAUGCCAUCUCAUUUUUGGGAUGUGUCUAAAAGCCUUUUAGAAAAAAGGCUAGUUUUUAGGUCAACUACACAGGACAGGGUAGGUCCAAAUCAUUUUAGGCUGUUAAUAGAAUGGGAGAUAAACUUAUGCCAGUGAGAAUCUUAAAGCCUUCCCAUAUGGAGUCCUGUAUUUUUUUGUGUGUGUUCAUCCUGAUGCAUAGGUCAGUUGUGCUCAGCUCCUGACAUAGCUGGCUUGGGUUCUAGAAAAGAACUGCAAACCUGCCUGAACCACCAGGAGACUGUUACUUCAGUGGUGACAAGAACAAUUAAAGGCAGAAGCUCCCACUUGGAAAAGGUUCUAGGGCCAGGUAACAACCGGGAAGAACACUUUUACAGACUGCUAGUUUUUAGGAUGGCAGGAAAUGAAAACUACUUAGCUAAAACCUCACCUUUCAGAGUCACCUACAAGUAGUCAUCUUACCCAUGGUCCUGAGGGAAAAAGGCAGUUUCAACAUGGAGUCAGUAUGGAGAGACUGCAGGAAGAUUACCUAGAAAGUUACAAAAAGACUAUGCUCUGGAAUGUCUUUAUAUUCCAACACUGCAAUGAUGGAAUGGUCUCAUUUUAUCUAACAGCUUACUUUUAUAAAGAGUAUGAGCUACAUUUGGCUUUAUUUCCUAUGAAUCUAUGAAAGGCUUCAGGACACAUGCCAAGUUUCUGAGGCGUUGGUAUGGGCUUAGGAUAAUUUUUUUUUCUUUUUUUGUUUGCCUCUGGAAGGUUUUAUCAAAAGUUCCUAUUUUAAAAAUAUCAUCAAAACUAAAGGGCCCUUCAAAUGACCAGAAAGCAGUACAAAUUACCAAUCCUAGUUAUGCAACAAGGUCAUCUGCAAAAGCAGCACCUCUGAAAUGGAGAGCCUGCUGCAUUCACACUCAAAGCACCCAUCAUAUAAAAGUAUCCUAUUUAAAUAUAAAAAAUGCAAAGCUCUCUUCCCCAUGGCUCAAACAGCCUAUACUGCUCCUGUUCUUUUACAAAAUCUACCUGAGGCCUGAGGUGGAGGAAUGCUGCUUUUCCCCACAGUGGUGAGUCCAACUCCUGGCACCAGUCCUGAAGGCCAAAGAGUUGGAAACUCAAGGUCCAAGAAAGAAACAUGCUGAGAAGUUGGUGGAUACAAGGCUGCAGUGAGCACUGUUAGAGCCCAUCAGAUCUUCCUAAAUGCAGGGACUCAGGACCCAGGAUGGGAGUGACUCUGCUCACCCCUGAGCCUUGGGAAACAGAAAUUUGGGACAUGUCUCUCCCAAUUAUCUCAUUCACUGAAAAAGAAGAAAAGAAAAAGUGAUUAGUGACCUCUAAGUGAUGCCACAUGCUUAGUUACACUAAUUUCUCCCUCAACUACUUCAUUUCUAAGGCUUUCAGUAAAGGUUAAAGGAAGUACUUGAAGCCUAUUUGUGAGCUGAGUGACAUUAAAGACUGAAAAAUCAUUCCCCAAGUAGCUUCAGACCCCUUGCUCUCCCUCUCAGUUCUGUUUGGGUUGGGAAAGGGAAUGGCUAAGAAAACCUUUUUAUUGAAUCUCCAAAGGCUUGUGCUCUACAGCAUUAAGGAUAGGCUAUAUAUGAAGUAAGUGUUCACCUUAAUCUAACUUUUUCCUAAUUAAUUCCUUUGGGAAAAGUUUUCCUUUUCUGAUUCCCACAGUUUCAUCUAAUACAGGAAGUGAACGAAAAUUACUGUUUUGUCCAGAGCAAAAUCACAAAGGUGCGGGGGGGUUAUUUUUGUUAUCCUAUCUAAUACAAGUACCUUUUAUUACAUGGGACAUUGUACUGUUAGUGAUCCUUUCCGAUUGUAAGCUCUUGUUUUCUUUCUUUUCUGUUUUUAGUACUGGGGAAUGAACCCAGGGGCGCU